GCACAGAGAGGAAAAAGAGAGAGAAUUUCUGAUUUUCUCUAAUGGCUGCUUCUUGUGGCUUUCCUGAUAUAUUUUGCUGGGUUCAGAACCUUCCGCCAAUCUCUAGAAAAAACUCUAUGUCUCUAUGCAUAUUUUCUUCAAGUCCAUCCCAACCUUCUCUCAAUCUCUUCAUAACCAAAAAUAACCAAUCUCCAAACCUCUCUUUAGCUAUCAUUGCAGAUUUCAGUCCCCCCAUCUCUCUUUGGACUUCAAAACCUUUCAAGAUCAGCUCCAACUCCAUAAAACUGGUGGAUGAGGAAACCAUGUUCGACCUCUUGGUCAAUUUUAUUGAAGAUGUCCUUCGUUAUGGCUCAAACAAGAACAGCUCCUUCCUCGAUUUCCUUAAACUGGAUUCUGUCUCCAACUUUGAAGACAUAUUCAAUUUCACGUUUCUCACUCUAUUAUUCCUCGUUUGCAUCUAUGAAGCACCUGCGGAUCUACGUUCCGAAUGUCUAAAUACUCUUAAGAAUCACCUAGCAAAUUGUCGGUCAAGACAGGCAACAAAGUUGCUCAUGAAACUCUUGGGCUCUAAUCUAGAAGAGCAAUGGAUGCGGUCCAUAAACCUUGCAAUUACUAGUUGGAAUACAGAACUCCAAGCCACCCACCACUCUCUCAAAGCACCAUCACCUCUGUUUUCUUAUGCAAUUUCAACCUUCGGGCUGUGGAAGGUUCAAUUAUACUGUCCAGUCAAAGCCAUGGAUAUCGAAAAUUCGAGCAACCCUUCUGCUGAUGAGCGAUUGCAAUUUUCUCUAACUUUCCACCAACUUGAAGGCGUUGUCCAGUUCAAUUACAAAGUAGUGAUUCAAGAGACGUGGGUCGACGUUAUGGUGAACACUGAUAACAUACGGUGUGACGUUAUUAGACUUGUGAAUGAAACCCUCAUGAAUGAACGGGGAGUUGGAGCAUCCGAAAAACACUUUCCCUCGCGAAUUUCUUUGCAACUUACUCCAAUUCGUCAAAACAAGAUACUGAGCCUUUCAGUGAGUAAGUCAUCUGAGAAUCCAGCAAUAGAGUUCGGCUACGAAAGAGGUAUAGAAGCCGGAUUCGAACCACAAAACACAUACUUGGGACUCAAGGUAUCAGUUGGAGAGACCACGACUAUGAGUCUGAAGCCAUGGAAGUUCGAAGAAUCCGUUGAUGGCUAUAGUGCAAACUUGAAUUGGUUUCUCCAUGAUACCAUGGAUGGAAGAGAAGUAUUCUCUUCCAAGCCUUCAAAGCUUGCAUUACUCAAUCCCAAGGCUUGGUUUAGAGACCGAUACUCGAGCUCAUACCGGCCAUUCAAUAGGCAAGGAGGAGUAAUUUUUGCUGGGGAUGAGUAUGGGAAUAGAGUGUGCUGGAAGGUGGACAAAAGUGCCGUAGGAAGGAGCAUGGAGUGGGAACUAAGAGGGUGGAUUUGGUUAACUUACUGGCCUAACAAAUAUAAAACAUUUUAUUACGAGACCAGGAGGCUGGAAUUUAGAGAAAUCCUUGAUCUUCCCAUUGCUUAAUUGGCUAUGAAAAACUACAAGAAAUUGGCCAACUUAAUUUCUAGCUUUCGGGCUACUAGCUACUUGGCAAAUGGAACUCAUGAUAUCUUGCCAUAUUUUGGGAUCGCUUCCUAUCUUGCAGUGCUUAUAUUUAGUCCGCCAAGACUUCCCAAGGGUCCAUUAAUUGCGUCAUUUUGUCGAAACAAUUGGCUCCAAAGUUAAUUUAGUUACGUUUAAAUAGUGAA